CUUAGAUUUAUGUCACCUUGUGUGUGAUGGCUCUGGUUUGAACAGAUUUUAUCAGAAAGAUAGCAAGGUUUAUCCAGACUGAAAAGGAAGACAUAGACAUUAGUGACAACUGUGCUACAUGUGUAAACCUUUAAGUAAAGUCAAGUCAGUUUUAUUUAUUUAGUGCCAAACCACAACAGAAGUAAUCACAGGACACUUUUCACAUAGAGCAGGUCUAGACCUAACAUUACCCCAUGAGCAAGCACUUGGCGACAGUGGCAAGGAAAAACUCCUUGGGAGGGGGAGAGGGGAGAGAGAGAGCAGGAAGAAGGUGAGCAUGGCACAAUGCAAGUCCCACAUUGAGAUGUAUAGUAAUAAUAAUCAUGAUGAUGAUAAUAAUAAUAAGACUAAUACUAAUAAUCUUAACUUAUGUAAACAUCUUAACUUAUGUAUUUCCAUUUCUGUAUCUCUUCUAGACCAUACAAUAAUAAGACUAAUACUAAUAAUUGUAGCAGUGGGUGUUGAGCAGGAUCAGGGGGGCAGUGGGUGGCUUGCAAUCACAGAUCCAGAUUCUACAGCUCUGGAGGCAGAAAUACCUGCAGAAAGCAACAGCAGGAAAGAGAUGAGAAAGCACAAAACUACUGGAGAGAGAAGAUGCCGAAUCACCACUUUGGAGAAGAUCCUACCAGUGGAAGAAGACAUGUCAAGUCCACAAGCCUGGAGAAUACAGACAGUCAGCUGUCCAGGACCACACACACAAAUACAGCUCGUAUUUUUACACCCACUACUACAAAUACCAAGUUACUGGACUGUACAAAGCCGGUGGUUGAGACUGUGCAGCCAGUGGAGCCAGAGGUGGAUGUAAUCAAGAAGGAAAGGCUGGAAGAGGAGCAGACAAGCUGCAGUGUGGUGGACCAUCAGACAGCCCCGAGUAGCAGCAGAGCAAAGGCUUGCCCAGCAGCACAGAACGAGUGUUCAGCUGCCAACAGUGCUCAGCUCUUCUCCAGCUCCAGAGACCUGGUGGUACACCAGCGUUCGCACGGCAGGGAGGGGAUCUUUCACUGCCACCUCUGUAAGAAGCCCUUCAUCCACCCACACCAGCUCAAAACCCACCAGCGGGUUCACACUGGGGAGAAACCAUUCAGCUGCACUCAGUGUGGCAAGCGCUUCUCCCAGUCCAGCCACAUCAAGAGACACAUGAGCGUCCACACGGGGGAGAAGCGCUAUAGCUGCAGCCUGUGCAGGAAGCGCUUCUCACAGGCCUGCAGCCUCAAGGUCCAUCAGGCAGUCCACACUGGAGAGAGACCCUACAGCUGCACCAAGUGUGGAAAGAACUUCUCUGUGCUGGGAAACCUGGUCCGCCACCAGAGCGUUCAUAUCAGCAAGUGAAGAAACAAAAACAGCAGCCACAGCAUGCUGCUGUUGUGGAUGUUUUAGUAGAUGUUUUGGUCAGUAUUGCUGCUAGAAAGUAUUUAACAGACUGAAUAUUGUCCUGUGUUGGUAUAUAUGUAUCCUUGUGUUUACAAUAAAACAUGAAAAAGUGGCCUUUUAGUCAUAUUUGAUUACGCCAGUGAGACUGAAUACAUUUACUUUGUGAAUGUGGAGUGCUGCAUGUUUAUAUAUUUUUUCCAACUUUACUGGAGACAGAACAGUGACAGAACAUCCUGAAACAGAA